GCUACUCACACAAUAAAAGCAACUCCAGAGCGAGAUUCUGAUCAUUAGCCUAGCUAUAAUCUCACCACCAUCACACAAAAAAAAAAGCAAUGUAUGUGACUCGUCCUCUUUCUCUGUACAGAAGCAACCCUUCGGCGGCUUCCUCGCCGCCUCCAGAAGGCCCGAACUCCGGCGUGCUGGUCAUCCAAGACGAAGAAGCUCAGCCGAAGAGGUACUGCGGGCUGGUCAACAGCAGCCGAGUCAGGGACCUGCCUUGCCCUCAGAACAAGAACCUCCAAGUUCGAUUCGUCCAGCCAAUUGGAGUGUACUCGCACGUCGAAACCCACCGCGUCGUCUUCAUCCCUGCGCUCGAUCACCCGCUCUCUGCUAAUCGUUACUACGUGAUCAAGCAGGAUGGGAAGCACAAAGGGGAAGCUUAUAGAAACUCGACGGAGGAGGAGAUGACAACUUGCUGCUUCUGCAAAUGUAUCUCGGAUCGAAAGCCGGAGCCGUUUGAGCCGCACGGAGAGGACGUUCACCAGCAGUUCGAGAUCUCCCGGCGUCGUUACUGGCAUGGAGGUUCUGGUUACCGAGCCAAAUCUGUCGCUGGAGGUGGUGGAUUCCCUCCACUUUUUCUGAGAAGAGAAGGUUGGACGCUCCAUACUUCGAAAUCUCGGGAUCUCAAGCUGGAUGAAGCACUGGGCGUGGAUUCGAACCUACGAGCUCGCCUUCCGGAUUUCAAGUCCGUGUUGUCCGGUGAGAAAACUGAUCGUGUUUCGGUGCCCAGGGUGGUGGGGAAAUGGUAUUGUCCUUUCUUGUUCGUUAAGGAAUCGGGAAUGGAUGUUCGGGAUCAGGUCGAUCGUUCGAGAUUCUACGAGAUGACGUUGGAGCAGCGGUGGGAGCCGAUUUUCAGAUGCAACAAUGGCGUCGAAGGAAAUGAUAACUCGUUCGUGAAUGUAGAUAUUUUGGUUGAGACCGAAGCGGUGAGAGUUGGUGAAAGGGAUGUGGUUGGGCAUAUGGUUGGAGAAAAUGAUGGAGUUGUUUGGUUUAGAAGCGUGGGAUUGGGCAAUAAUAAUGCAAGGGAGGAAGGGAUGAGGGUUGGGUUGAGCAAGGUGAUUGUGGAGAGGAUGAAGUGGGAAGAGGAAAGAGUUGGAUGGAGAAGUGGCGAGGGUGGGAAGAAUAGGGUGAAGAAAGUUGAGGAGUUUGGAGGUGGUGGUGGAAUCAACAAUUGGAAGAGGUUUGGGUAUUUUGUGCUGGUUGAGAGUUUUGUGUUGAGGAGAAUGGAUGGUGAUUUUCUGAUGAGUUAUGAGUUUAAGCAUAUUCAUCAAUUUAGGACAAAAUGGGAGUAGAUAAUUAUAUAGUAAUUAUAUAGUCCCUCUCCUUACAUAUAUUUUCAUUUGUAUAAGGUGUUUUGUUGGUGCUUUGUUCCGUUUAGAUAUGAAUCAUAUAAGAAAAGAAGGUAUGCUCUAUGAUUUUGUAAGAAACAUGCUUACGUUAGAUGUGGUUCUUUCCUACGAACCUCUAUUAUUUUUUAUUGUGUAAACAUAAAUGGGAUGAUCCAUAUUAAACAAUCCUUGAUUAUUUUGUCAUAAGUUAUAAUUCUCAACUAUUAUGUGUGUAUUUUUUUUUUUGUCAUGAAUUUUAUUUUCUGGGGUAGUCAUAAUCUCUUAAACAAUUGAUUUCUUAAGUUUAACUUCUAUGAUGUUAGAUCAACACAAUGAAUAGUCCCUUCAAUU